GUGCUUCCCUUCACCGCUGACUGGAGACCUUCCUACCUUUGCGCUCGAAAGCUUUCUUUCCUUCAUCCAGGGCUUCUUAGUACGAACUCUCUUGUUGUUUUUGUUUAUGUUUUGUUUUUGUUUUUGCCAAAUUUCCCGCUUAAUCGCAAUUUAGCUUUUCCGGUUCUCGCAGAAAUUUAUGCGUUACGUCCCCCUUAGAGGGCGGGAAUGGGGAGGGACACUUGACUGAGCCGCGCAAGUCUAGUUAUGAGUCUUUAAGUUAAGCGGCGAUAGCAGAGGGCGAUUCAUUUGCUGGAGCGCUCCUUUGGUCUAAUUUGGAGCAUGAGAAGAGACCUAAUGGCCCCAACUUGUCUCGGCCUUUGCGGGAUCCUGUUGUGUGUACUAAAAAUAGACGGAGCGGCCUCGACUGUUCAGGAUUUCCCUUGUGGUGAGUCCGAUGUUUCCACACUUAGGUACAACUUAACUUUAGCCUAUUUUGGCUGGAAUAAGUCCUCCUCAUAUAUCAUUUCUGGCUUCAUAAAUGACAACAAAUUCCUGACCUAUGAUAGCAAGAGUCGACAUGUGGAUUUUAAGUCAUGUGAAAAAGCAGAUAUCCAGAACCUCAAAGAGGAAAAUAAGGAGCUCAGAGACAUUGUUUCGAAUAUAGCUCUCAGAAAUGGUGAGAAUGGAGGGUCUCAUACUCUCCAGGUCACUUACGGCUGCAAAAGAAUCAAUGGUGAUGUCAAGGGCUUCUGGCACUACAUCUAUGAUGGACAGAAAUUCCUCAGUUUCUCCCUAGAGGACGGGAGUUGGAUAGGUACCGGUCCAGAGGCUGAGGAAGCCAAGAAAAUCUUACAGAAAAGCCAAUCCCAAAAGAAGGUCAAGGCCUAUAUUCUGGGGGACUGUCCUGCUGAUCUCAAGAAAUGCCUGAAAUAUCAGGAAUGCGUGAAGAAAACAGAGACAGCGAUACCUGUCCUAUAUCCAUCUAAUCCAUUGACAUCUGGAAGCCCUCGGAUCAGCAUCAACAGAGGGGUUACUGGAAAUGUUAUCUUCAUCUUCAUCAUAAUUCUUUUGUAUGAAUUAUUAUAAUUAAUAAUUAUUUGGACUCUUUUAAAUUAUUAUAUAAAAAUAAACUAUUUAUUGAAAAUAUAAGGAUAAAAAAGGAUUUUUUAUUUCCUUUUAAACCCUUACCUUCUGUCCUGGAACCAAUAUUGGCUCUAAGGCAAAAGAGUGGUAAGGGCUAGGCAAGGGGGUUAAGUGACUUGCCCAAGGUCGCAUACCUGGGAAGUGUCUGAGACCAGAUUUGAACCUAGGACCUCCCAUCUCCAGGCCUGGCUUGUGAGAUUUAAAAGAGUGGAUGCUCUAAACUGUUAUAAUUAAAAUGGUUGAUGUCAUAAACUGUAGUGAGUUAAAAUGGUGGAAGAUACAAAUUAUGCUAGAUAUAAGAGAGGGUGAGUAAAUUGUGACUGCAGAAAAUAUGUUUCACUGAUGGAAUACUAUUGUGCUCAAAGGAAUAAUAAAGUGGAGGAAUUCCAUGGAGACUGGAACAACCUCCAGGAAGUGAUGCAGAGCGAAAGGAGCAGAACCAGGAAAACAUUAUACACAGAGACUGAUACAUUGUGGUACAAUCGAAGGUGAUAGACUUCUCCAUUAGUAUCAAUGCAAUUUCCCUGAACAAUCUGCAGGGAUCUAAAAAAAAAUACUACCCACAAGCAGAGGAUAAACUGUGGGAGUAAAAACACAGAUGAAAAACAACUGCUUGACUACAGGGUUGGAGGAGAUAAGACUGAGGAGAGACUCUAAAUGAACACUAUAAUGCAAAUUCCAACAACAGGGAAAUGGGUUCGAGUCAAGAACACAUGUGAUAACCAGUGGAAUCAUGCGUCGGCUAUGGGAGAGGGA